GCCACGUUCAAAGCUAUUGCACAACCUAUUUUUGAUUUCGUUGUUCUCAAACCCCUGAAUUCAAAUUAUUAACAUUGAGUACAUUAGUUUUAGAAAAAUUUAUCACCAAAAUCAAAAUUUAUUUAUAAACAACGACAUACAGUCAUACACCAAAUUUCCAAGAUGGGCCUGCACAGAAAAAAAUGGAAAGAAAGAAAAAAAGCAAAGAGAAAAAGGACAUUAUUGCCGUCGAAGAAAGACACAGCGCGGUUCUCAUUACAUCGAUCAGCGAAAGUAGAAACGGAGACGGAAGCAAAACGAUUUCCGCAGCUGGACCGAUUAGGCAGGCGGCAUCCCGUCCUCCCCCGAGCCGAGCCGUAAAAAAUCCCACCGAUGACGCCACUCCGAGCUGGCCCCCGUUCCCCUCACGCGCCUUUCCCCCUCGCCCGGCGACUCCCUCUCUCUCUCUUUUAUUUCCCCCCAACUCCUAAUCUUUCGCCCUCAUUCGUCCGGCGCGUCACCACUCUCUCGCCGCACCGACACCUUCUUUUAUUCUCUCUCUCCCUCCCAACCUUUUUUCCCCUCUCCGUUCAAUUCCCCACCCAAAAUCUUCCCCAAUCUCUUAACCUAGGGUUUCCACCGCCGCCGCCUGCCGCCGAUCAAUCGAUUCUCCUUCUCCAUGGGCGACAUGGCAGAUUCCGUCACCGUCAACUCCCGCCCGCUCCCCAUCCGGGAGGACUGCUGGAGCGAGGAGGCCACGGCGACUCUCGUCGAGGCCUGGGGCAACCGCUACGUCGAGCUCAGCCGCGGGAACCUCCGCCAGAAGGACUGGGCCGACGUCGCCGAGGCCGUCAACGCCGUCCACGGCCUCACCAAGAAGACCCACCGCACCGACGUCCAGUGCAAGAACCGGAUCGACACCAUCAAGAAGAAGUACAAGGUGGAGAAGACCAGGGUCAUUGCGUCCAACGGCGCGUUCGUCUCAUCCUGGCGAUUCUUCGACCGGUUGAACUUCCUGAUCGGAUCUAAUUUCCCGGCCACCGCGGCGAAGAAGGAGAAGCAGCCGUCGUCGCGGUCUCUCUCCCCUUCCCCUCCGGUGGCCCUGCCGCUGACGAAUUCGUCGUCGGCGUACCGGCGGAACCCUAAUCCUAGCUCGAAUGCGGUGGUGGCGGUCGGGCAGAAGAGGCCCGCCGCGGAGGACAUCUAUUUGAGGAGGACGUUCAUGGCUGCUGCUGCGGCUGCUGAUUCGGAGAGUGACGAGGAGGAAGAUGAGCCCCAGCAGCACCAGCAGCAGCAGCGUCAGGACAGGGAGAACAACAACAGCAACAACGACAAGGACGAGGAGAUGCGGAGGCUGGCCAGGGCGAUUGAGAAGUUCGGGGAGGUGUACGAGAGAGUGGAGAGGGACAAGCUGAGGCAGAUGGUGGAUUUGGAGAAGCAGAGGAUGAAGUUUGCGAAAGAUGUGGAGAUGGAGAGGAUGAGGGUUUUCACCGAGACCCAGAUUCAGCUGGAGAAGAUCAAGAAGGGGAAGCGCUCUGCUGCUGGCCCUACUAAUGGACUAGCAGUUUUGGGAAUAAUUUGAGGGUUGGCCAUCGUAGCACAUAACUUUGUCUAUUUUGUCACCUUCAAGAUUGGAACUUUAGUCUUUAAGAUUAGAUGGCUUUGCUUUUCCCCCCUGUUUAGAUUUGUAAUGAGGUUUGGACCUUUCUUAAGUGAGAAAGGGAUUCUAAUUAGUAGGGGCCGUGGACUCCAAAGAGGACCUUUAUUUCUUUGCCUUUUUUUUUAUCUCUGUUUUCUUGUACACUUUUGUUCAAUGAGGUCUUUAGUUUAUCACCAUUGACUUGUAACCCUGUUAACUUCAGGGCAUGACUUGUUCCUUGUUUAUGGAAGCUUGCGUAUAUGAUAGUUCGUUCCUUUAGCUUUGUUAACGAGCUGUGUAUCAGUAGCCGUUUCAUAAAUGGAUGGCGAAUGUGGAGUCUUGAAGCUUUGUUUCCUAUGUUGUUCAUUUCUGCAAACUUAUCGAUGAUUCAGGUUGAUAGGCUAGUUUCUCCAAGACCGUGUCGUUUGGUGUUUGCUAGCACGGCAAACACGGCUGAUAGGUCGUAUUUUGGCCAAGAUGUUUGGGGUGAAAAAACUAGUAGUCUGUUGCCUUGUGAUCUGAUGUUUCUUUUGGGAAGUUCAUCAUCCUUUACAAUCUGGGUAGAUCUCAUUCGUUGCUUAUGUUUUCUGGGAAUGGACAGAGCGAUAUGGAUUGGAAACUGAGAUGAGGAGUUGUUGUCGGGGUUAGAUAUGGACUGAUGUAGAUUGAACUUGUUACUCCAAUGGCGGUUCCAGAUUUCAGUUCAGUUUUUUUAUAACUGCCUGCAUUAGUUUAUCUGAUAAUCUCUGGUUUCUGUGCUGGAGUUAUCUGGUAUCUGGUUAGGUGUUUCUCUUUAAUUGGUUCCUUGGAGUAAGUAUUGGAUGGAGUUCGUCAAAGUGAAUGGGAUGUUCGACCAAUGAAUGAAACGACGGUCUCCAUGUUCGCUGUCAUGGUUGAACCCGGUGGCCCCUUUUCUGUUCUGGUUCGAAGUCAGUUCGGAUAUAAAAUUUUCCACCAGGCUAACGAUUGAACAUGUCCCUGGGAAUAUGGCAAUGCAGACCGCUAACGCGGGUGAUUCAACCGGCUAACUAAAGCAGUAGUUGGUAUUUUGACCGAUUUGAAGUUGUGGUAGGGAUGGCAACAAAACCCGAACCCAUGGGUACCCACCCGACCCAACCCGGUCAACGCGGGUAAAACCCGUGUUGACGGGUUUUGGGCCGGGUUCGGGUUUAAACCCGCUACACUAUUCACCGGGUCGGGUUGGGUUUGGGUUAGGUAAACCCGCCCCAUGGGUACCCGCCCACACACAUAUAAUUACUCUCCCGGUAUAUUUAAUAUUCUAAAUAAUAUAUCUUCCUUAAAUAACUAAUAUUCUAUAUGUUUGUGGAGACAUGUAUAAUUUGUUCUUUCUAAUUGUUUAGAAUGAAGUUGAUAAUAUGAA